UCUACAACAAAAAGAAGAUUGAAAAAAAAAAAAAAAGUUUUCUUCAUUUUGCAAUUUCUUCUGAGACAAUGAAAACCCGAAGAGGAAAGCGUUCUGAGGCAUUUUGGCCAUCAAUGGUGAUGAAGAAAUGGCUAAACAUUCAGCCUAGAAAUAAUGACUUUAGUGAAGAUGAAGUUGAUACAGAGACUGAAAGUGAAGAUGAAGUUUGUUCUAUGAAAGAAGAAAGAAUGCGGUUUGAUAAGAAUCGGGCUAGAACCCAAAGAAACAUGUCUUCAUCUACAAAUCAUGCAUUAGAUGGGUUGCCACCAAAAGGGAUGGUAAAACAUAAGAGAGGGAAAUCCGAGACGAUGCGUGUUCAUUAUAUUAAAACAAAAGAUGUGAGGAUGACAAUUGGCACUUGGAAUGUAGCUGGAAGGCUACCUAAUGAAGACCUAGAGAUUGAUGAGUGGCUUUGUAUGGAUCAACCAGCUGAUAUUUACAUUCUUGGUUUCCAGGAAGUUGUCCCUUUAAGUGCUGGGAAUGUUUUGGGGGCUGAAACACGAAGGCCCAUAUUAAAAUGGGAGGCCAUAAUUCGAAAAGCUUUGAACAAAACACCUGAGCGAGUGGCCUUACACAAAAGCUACAGUGCUCCAACUUCUCCACUCUUGAACAACAAUGGCGAUUUAGGCCCUACCAAGAUCAUAAGUGUUCCGGAAACAAAAGUGAUUAAUAUAUUAAAUUGGCCUGAAAAGGCAUUGGACCUAAAACCAAAAGUUGUUUCUUCUGGUGCCAAGCUAAGAAGGGUGUUAAGCAGCACUGCAAGAGUGAGCUCUGACUGGUUGGCACCUCAAGAAACCAGUGGUGGGUUAAAAAGGGUGCACCAUAGCUCCGGUGAUUUGGGAUUGCUAUGGACCGAGCAGCAAGAAAGGACAGACAUGGUUGACUCACUUGAUGAUGUAAAGGAACAAGUUUUGGAGGAGGAAGAUGACUUUUUUGAAGUGGAGCAUGAAACGUUGCCUUUAGAUGAUCAUGUAAACUCAAAUCAUAGGUAUGUAAGGAUCGUUAGUAAGCAGAUGGUUGGCAUAUACAUUUCAGUUUGGGUUCGGAAGAGGCUAAGAAGACAUAUAAACAACCUGAAAGUCUCACCAGUUGGGGUCGGGCUUAUGGGAUACAUGGGAAACAAGGGAUCAGUUUCCAUUAGCAUGUCUCUUUAUCAAACACGGCUAUGCUUUGUUUGUUCUCAUCUGACCUCGGGCCAUAAGUUUGGAGACGAAGAGAGACGCAACUCGAAUGUAUCUGAGAUCCUGAAACGCACACGUUUCUCAUCUGUUUUAGAUCCUGAUCAACCACAGACAAUCCCAAGUCAUGAUCAGAUAUUCUGGUUUGGUGACUUGAAUUACCGUAUCAAUAAGCAAGAUGAUGAGGUCAGAAAGCUCAUAGCCAUAAAGAAGUGGGACGAAUUACUCAAUAGUGAUCAGCUCUGCAAGGAACUGAGGAGGGGAGGCGUUUUUUAUGAAUGGAAUGAAGGUGCCAUUGACUUCCCUCCAACAUACAAGUAUGAAGUCAAUUCCGAUCGUUAUGUAGGUGAAAAUCCAAAGGAAGGAGAGAAAAGGAGAACACCAGCAUGGUGUGAUCGCAUAUUAUGGAUGGGGAAAGGCAUAAGACAACUUUGCUACAAUCAAGCAGCAAUAAAAAUGUCUGACCAUCGGCCAGUUAGUUCAGUGUUUGCAAUUGAAGUUGAAGUUUUUGACCCAAGAAAGCUGCGCAGAGCUCUCAAUUUGACCAGUGCUGCAGUGCAUCCCGUGAUCAUGCUAGAUGAAGGGGAACUGGAACUAUGACACUAGUAUAAGCCCGAGUUUAUUCAUACAUUCUGGAUCUUCAUUUUUUUUGUAGGAUUAGAAUGAUGCUUUUUUGACUUACUGUCAGCUUUAUAGAAGGGAGAUGGUCUUUUCACAAAAUUAUAGAAAGAAAAUAAGAGGUCUGUCAUUGGAGUUAUAAGGUGGAUUACAGUGUGUAUAGAAAUAUAAAUGAAUAGUAUGUUUAAUCGGUAUAUAUGGGGAUUGGAUGAAAAUAAAGAUUUUAACUGUUCAA